AUGCCUUUCUUCAAGUCAAACAACAAGGCCAAGGGCCACACCACGACCAGUACCCCGGCCCCGGUCGCACCAUUUGACCCCUACUAUGGGUUCUCCGACGGGUUUUCUGGCUCCCAGAGCCGUAGGGGGAGCGACUUCUCCGACUACCACUGCCAGUCCCCCUCGGAGGGCGGGCAACACAUAUGCGCCUGCAAGGCACUGAGGGGGCAACAAGGGGCACCGCGAGUGGAGGAGAAGGUCACCUGCAUCCACAAGGCCAACAUCAUGAAGCUCGCCGAUGGACUCUUCCACGGCACCUUCAACCGCCUCGCCAAGGACUUCCCCCAGCUCGAGCGCAGGGGUUCUGAGUCCGGCAUAGAUACCGACAAGCCCGACGUUUGCUUCAACAUCCACCAGCAUAUCCCCAAGUCACUCAAAGGUUACUACCAAGAAACCGGCGCCGGCCGUGACGGAGGAGUAUUGCGUUCACGUAUCGUUCUAGGUGUUAGGGAUAGAUGA